AUGAGUUCCGAAGGCGAGAAAGUCCGCGCCUCUGGCGAGACUCCUCGCGAGACUCUGCCUACCGUUAACCCGGCUGCUGAGAAGCAGGAGCCUCCCAAGGCCGCGUUUCACCCCGCUGUCUACGUGAGUGUCUGGAUCACUCUCAGUUCUUCCGUUAUUCUGUUCAACAAGCACCUCCUCGACUAUGCCAACUUCCGCUUCCCUAUCGUUCUGACAACAUGGCACUUGACCUUUGCGACGAUCAUGACCCAGCUUCUGGCCCGCUUCACCACUGUCCUGGACGGCCGCAAGUCUGUCAAGAUGACUGGCCGUGUCUACCUCCGUGCGAUUGUUCCCAUUGGUCUCAUGUUCAGUUUGAGUCUGAUUUGCGGUAACAUGACAUAUCUAUACCUCAGCGUUGCCUUCAUCCAGAUGCUCAAGGCUACCACUCCCGUGGCUGUCCUGAUCGCUACCUGGGGUAUGGGCAUGGCCCCCGUCAACUACAAGACCCUCGCCAACGUCUCCAUCAUCGUUGUUGGUGUCAUCAUUGCCUCCUUCGGUGAGAUCAAGUUCGUCCUGGUCGGUUUCUUGUUCCAGCUUGGUGGUAUCGUCUUCGAGGCCACUCGUCUGGUCAUGGUGCAGCGUCUGCUUAGCUCUGCCGAGUACAAGAUGGACCCCAUGGUCUCUCUGUACUACUUUGCUCCCAUUUGCGCUGUCAUGAACGGUCUCGUCGCUCUCUUCCUGGAAUUCCCCCGUCUGACCAUGGACCACAUCUACGGUGUCGGUAUCUGGGUCCUGCUGGCCAACGCCAUGGUUGCCUUCCUGCUGAACGUCUCCGUGGUGUUCCUGAUCGGCAAGACCUCCUCCCUGGUCAUGACCCUGUGCGGUGUCCUCAAGGAUAUCCUGCUGGUGGCUGCCUCCAUGUUCAUCUGGAGCACCCCCGUCACUGGCCUGCAGUUCUUCGGUUACUCCCUGGCUCUUGUCGGCCUGGUCUACUACAAGCUCGGUGCUGACAAGAUCCGUGAGUACACCGGCCAGGCCAACCGCGCCUGGGCUGAGUAUGGCAACACCCACCCCGCCCAGCGCAAGUUUGUUAUUUUCGGUGCUGCCGCCCUCAUCUUCUUCCUCUUCGUUGGCUCGAUGGCUCCCAGCUACGCUCCGGGCCAGGUCGACCGCGUCAAGGGCAUGCUGGGCGGUGCCACCGCUGGCAAUGCUUAA